AUGGGUAAAAAGCAGAAGGUCUCAGACUAUGUCAACAAUCUUGACCCCAAGAAAAUGACAGGCAACUGGACGCCUGCCGGGACCUGGCGCCGCAUUCACGGCGACACCAAGUCAUCAACUGGCGGCAAGUGGCACAUGGAGACCAUGACCACAUCCACUCAACCUGCCAAGUACAAAGUUAAACUUGUUGAGGAUGCUUCGACAAUUUGGACCAAGGAGUAUGAUAGUGAACCAACCUUUGAGAAGAUUGUGGAGGAUGUGCAAGCGGCCAAGGGUUGA